UUGAGCAUGAUGAAUGCGGCGGCCCGGAGCUCUGGGACGCGGUGGUCAGCCUUCUGGCUCAAUCCCUCCUUCGAAAACCAGACUCGCAGCCAGUCCACCUACGCAGCGUUGCCAAAUCAGGAGCCGUACUGGCGCAGAGUCCCUAAAUGGGCAAAUGUCCCUCCGAGGGACUUCCUGAGCUAUAACUGGCAGCGCGCGAACACUGUGUCUUGCCGGGUGCAGCUCGACAAAUUCUUAUCUGCAACCCUCCCUGAUACGCUUGCUUCGUCCGCCAAUCCUCUGCUGAAGCAUAUUAAAACCAGGAAUGACUUCAUCAACGACGCGACGCAGGGGCUGUCUGCUGCUCCCAUGUCCAUUCGCCUGACACCACAUAUCCUAAGCGUGAUUGACUGGACCAACCCCCUUGACGACCCCAUUCGGCGGCAGUUCCUCCCGAUCAAGUCGGCGAUGGUACCGGAUCACCCGAAACUGACGCUAGACUCUCUGCAUGAGGAAGCAGACUCACCUGUUCCUGGGCUCGUGCAUCGUUACCCCGAUAAGGCCUUGUUUCUUGCAACGUCAAUAUGCCCUGUGUACUGCCGUUUCUGCACUCGAUCCUAUGCGGUUGGUGCUAACACUGAGACGAUUUCGAAAUCUCCCCAAAAGCCGAUCCGUAAGCGCUGGGAAGUUGUCUUCCAGUACAUUGAACAGACGCCAAGUCUUCAGGAUAUUGUGGUGUCGGGUGGAGAUGCGUACUAUCUUGAGCCAGAGCAGAUCAAUCUGAUAGGAGAGCGGCUCCUAUCCAUUCCACACAUAAAACGGUUUCGGUUUGCGACGAAAGGCCUGGCAGUUGCUCCGAGUCGUAUCUUUGAUCCUAAUGACGCGUGGACUAGCUCUUUUAUCGAUGUUUGUAACCACGGGCGACGGGUUAAUAAGCAAGUUUCUCUUCAUACCCACUUCAACCAUCCGAAUGAGAUAAACUGGGUUACAAGGAAGGCCGCUAAAUUUCUCUUCGAAAAGGGCGUUAUCGUCAGGAAUCAAUCAGUGCUAUUGAAAGGAGUCAAUGAUAAUGUUGAAACUAUGAGAAAGUUGAUCAGGGACCUUGCAGAUAUGCAUAUCACACCAUAUUAUGUCUACCAAUGCGAUCUCGUCCGUGGGAUCGAAGACCUUCGCACCCCCCUUAGCACAAUCCUUGACCUCGAACAACGUAUUCGUGGGACACUUGCCGGUUUCAAUACCCCGUCGUUUGUUGUUGAUCUUCCUGGCGGUGGAGGUAAACGCCUUGCGUCGACAUAUGAGAUAUAUGACCGGCAGACUGGUAUUUCGACGUUCAAAGCACCUGGCUUGCUGGGCGAGAAGGGGGAGAAAAUCUAUGAAUACUUCGACCCAGCUCCUGAGUCUGGUUAGAAGGCAUAAGGAAGGACGGACUUAACGAACGGCUAUGGCUGACGAUCUGUUGGUAUUCCCUUUCGUAGUGGACGAUGCCAGAAUGG